AUGCUGGGCACGGGCGAUUUUCGGGACGCUUCCUGCGGUGAAGGCGCAAGACUGCGUGGCGAGACCGAGAGGAAGCGCUUAUCUCUGCGAAUCACACAGGACGAAGGACAUCAUCGUUUCUGCAACCACAGCGGUGGAGGACUGGGAGGACUGAAGAUGGAGAGAAACCAUCAUCAGCGGACUGAGAUAGAAGAAAAUACUGCACUUCAACAGGAACAGCAGCUGCUAAUGGAGAAGGCAGCCAUAAUAAUUCAGAGGGCCUGGCGUACUUUGUUGGAGCGCAAACAAGGCUGGCAGGAGGAGCCGAAGAACCGCAUAAAUCAUUUUGAGAUGGUGUUACAGGAAGAUGCCCUUCCCACUAACCUUCCCACUGGAGAGCUGGGUCAAAACCUCACACUGGACAAGCUGAAGACACUGCAGAGCAUGAAGCUCAUCGCUGAUGGAGGAUACCCAGUCCAAAACGUGCAGCCUGCCUGGCAAGACUUCCUGCAAGGACAGGAUAUCCUGGAGAAGCGAAGCCCUUCCCCUCUCUCACUGUCUUCCUCAGAUAAGAUGAGCACUUCAGUGAGCAUGACCACUCUAUCAGAUGGCUGCACCCCUGAUGAAGGACGCAAGUAUCAUCGCUUUUAUGAUCAUAGUGGUGAUGGACUGGGAGGAUUCAAGAUGGAGAGAAACCACCAUCACCGGACUGAGGGGGACGAUAACGCUGCACAUUUACAGGAGCAACAGCUGCUGAUAGAGAAGGCUGUGUUAAUUCAGAGGGCCUGGCGUACUUUGUUGGAGCGCAAACAAGGCUGGCAGGAGGAGCCGAAGAACCGCAUAAAUCAUUUUGAGAUGGUGUCACAGGAAGAUGCCCUUCCCACUAACCUUCCCACUGGAGAGCUGGGUCAAAACCUCACACUGGAUGAGCUAAAGACCCUGCAGAACAUUAGUGAUGGAGGAUACCCUCUGCAAAACAUCCAGCAUGCCUGGGGGGACUUUCUGCAGAAACAGGAUAUUCUGGAGAAGCGGAGCCCCUCCCCUCCAUCACUUUCUUCUUCAGACAAGAUGAGUACUUCAAUCAGCAUGACCACCCUGUCAGACGGCAGCACCCCUGAUUACCGGGAGGACAGUAUGGACUUGGUGAGUGAUGCUUCAAGCCGCUCGGGCUCCGAGUCCAACUCGAACUCCAACAAGGUGACCCCAUGUUCGGAUUGCAAGUCCUCACCAAGCCUGGAGCUGACUGCUCUGGAUGAUUAUGACGAGGAGGACGAGGAAUUCCAGCAGUACAAGAAGCGUGUCAUCGAGGACUGGGAAAGCGAAUACGAUGCUGACAACCAGAAUGGUCAGGACAGAACCUUGCGGAAGGCAGUAAACAGUCGCAGCCUGGCUGAGGAGCUCCAGGAAGUCAAGAGUUCACCGGCCGCUGCGCCCGAGGAACUCAAGCAGAAUGGCAACCUGAUCCUGCCCAGGAAACCCCAGGCCAAGGCCAUUCCAAAGAGCCCUGGUACAGGCGGAGGUGGUGGUAGUGGUGGAGGGGGACUGGGGGUUGGAGGUGUGGGGUUGGAGGGGUGUUAUCGCCUCGGGGGUUACAGAGAGGACAGUGUGGUUGAUGAGAGUCAGCUUCCCACCAUGGACUGGGCAGCACUCGAGAGGCACCUGGCUGGACUGCAGUUCAGGGAGCAGCAGGAGAACCACAACAGGAACCUGGGAAGGACCAACUCCAUGAACGCCCAAAAAAAUGAGCGAGAGUCCAUCAGACAGAAGCUCGCACUGGGGAGUUUCUUUGACGAUGGACCUGGAAUUUAUACCAGCUGCAGCAAGAGUGGCAAACCCAGCCUCUCCUCACGACUACAGAGUGGCAUGAACCUGCAGAUCUGCUUUGUGAAUGACAGUGGGAGUGAUAAAGACAGCGAUGCAGAUGAUAGCAAGACAGAGACCAGCCUGGACACACCUCUGUCCCCUAUGAGCAAACAGAGUUCAUCGUACUCAGACCGGGACACCACAGAAGACGACUCCGAGUCUUUGGAGGACAUGGAUUUCCUGAGCAGACAGAAGAAGCUGCAGGCUGAGGCCAAACUGGCACUGGCAAUGGCCAAACCCAUGGCCAAAAUGCAGGUGGAGGUGGAGAAACAAAAUCGCAAGAAAUCACCAGUGGCAGAUCUGCUUCCCCACAUGCCCCACAUCAGUGAGUGUCUGAUGAAGAGAAGCCUAAAGCCCACAGAUCUGCGAGACAUGACCCUGGGACAGCUGCAGGUCAUUGUCAAUGACCUCCACUCACAGAUCGAGAGCCUGAAUGAGGAGCUCGUGCAGCUGCUGCUGAUUAGAGAUGAGCUUCACAUGGAGCAGGACGCGAUGCUAGUGGACAUUGAAGACCUGACUAGGCAUGCCGAGAGUCAGCAAAAGCACAUGGCUGAGAAGACACUUUCCAAAUAAGCCCUGCUGUCACCACCCAAAACCUUCCACCAUCAUGGCUUUGAUAAAGAGAAGAGCCACUUUUCUUUUGCUUCUGUGGAUGUACAAAUACAAAUGACGGAGCACUUCCUGACCGCAGAAAAACUCAAGUGUGUCUCAGAUACUGUUCCUGGCUUUCUGUGCAGUGAUUGGCCUUGCUUCUUAAUAGUCCUUAAUUUUAACUUUUUACAUUUGCCAGCAAAUUAUAUCUGUCAAAUUACCAAAAAAAAGUAUAAGAUAUAGUAAGAAAAUUAGUAGAAAGUCAGACUUAAAAAGCUAAAAAGACCUCACUGUAUAAAGAAAACAAAACUUAACUGCUGACAAUUUUAAGUUGGACAGUAUUUUGGCCUGUUAUUCUGCACAAAUGGUAGUUUUGAACUGAAACUUUUGAUUUGAAGGUGCUAAACGUCUAAAAGGAAACAUGCCUGCCUUGUAGUCGAGUCGUAGCUUUUGGUAAUAUGUUCACACUGAUCGGUAUUCAACAUUUUGUGAAUGUUGAUCCUCUGACACGAGUCAUUUUAAAUAAGUGUGUUAAUAUCAUUUUCAUCUUAUUGUAUUCAGAUUCUUUAUUUGAGGGAAGAAAUGUUUAUGUACA